GCGGUGCCGGUAAGAGUACUCGUAUUCUGAACUUGCAACAUUCAAUCACCACGACCGAACGGAACAUAAGACARACGGCUGCCGACCUAAUCGAGAUUGCCAGCGAUACCCAUARAACUGAACCAGAAUGCUGUCCUCCGCAUCGAGAGUUGCUUCCAGGGUUGUUCGAACCCGACGAGCAGUAUUUGGUGGUUCCACGCUCGUGAACAAGAGAAGCUACCACGAAAACAUCGUCGAGCACUAUGAGAAUCCGAGAAACGUUGGCUCCAUGGACAAAAACGAAGAGUCCGUUGGAACGGUGCGUUGUUUCUCGUCGGAUACGUUUCCAUUGGUUGCUUAGUGGAAAAUCGUUGCGUCUUGACAGUGCGGUAGCCGAAUGGAUUCCAUUACGAGUAUUGCGUUGUGGGGAGUGAGACACAGGAUUUUGCAACUACAACAGAAGAACAGCUCUUAUCAAUAAUCCGCAAGAGGCACCAUUCGUUUCUUCCUCCACACAGUUUCUUUUGGUUUCUUCGGUCCAGGAUUUUUGCAACCAGAAAACGAAACCCACGAAUGCGACAAAUACCGGACUCACACAUUCUUUGCUCUUGGUCCCCUGCUUUCGCUCGGCCCGUUUUUCACCGCUCGUUUCACCGUUCGACCCCACAGGGACUGGUGGGAGCUCCGGCGUGCGGAGACGUCAUGAAGCUCCAGAUCCGUGUCGACGAUGACGGCAACAUUGUCGAAUCGAAGUUCAAGACCUUUGGCUGUGGGUCGGCCAUUGCCGCUUCCUCCGUGGCCACCGAGUGGGUCAAGGGAAAGAACGUCGACGAGGCCCUGGCGGUCAAAAACUCGGACAUUGCCGCCCACCUGAAGCUCCCGCCGGUCAAGCUCCACUGCUCGAUGCUGGCCGAGGACGCCAUCAAGGCGGCCGUAAAGGACUGGAAGGCCAAGCAGGACGACAAGAAGACGGCCGCCGCCUGAUGGAACAAAGGCAGUGCAGGCGA